ACUAGAAAUGCCCACGUGCGUUUAUGUUUGAAUUUGUUUAAUUUUUGUAUUGACAGCCGGUUCGACAGAAUGGUCUUCUUCACCUGUAAUAUCUGCGGCGAGAGUGUAAAGAAGCCCGCUGUGGAGAAGCACUACCAGCAAAAAUGCCGUGGCAAUCAAAAAAAUGUCUCCUGCAUGGACUGCCUCAAGGAUUUCUAUGGUGAAGACUAUGUGGCCCACACCAAAUGCAUCUCGGAGGCUCAGAAGUAUGCCAACCAAAAUUCCAACUUUGUGGCCAAAGAACCGCGUAACAAAAAUGCUCAAAAGCAAGAAGGCUGGAUGGACAUCAUUCGUGCCAUAUUGGACAGCACGGAUUACCAGUUGACCCCACCGAUCCGUAACGCCUUUCAACGUCUGCAAUCCGUCGAUAAUGUGCCCCGCAAAAAGGCCAAAUUUGAGAACUUUGUAAGCAAUUGCAUCCACAUGCCCCGGGCACAGGCUAGCCAGGUGUGGGACAUUCUCGAAAAGGAGCUAAAUAAAAUGAAAGCAGCCAAACAGCAAGAACUGGCCAAAUUGAAGGAGCAAAAAGAAUCCCAGAAGCAGCAGCAAGAAGUAGAGAAAGAGGAACAGCCGCCCAGCAAAAAGGCCAAAAUUGAGAAUGGCCACGACAUUGAGGAAUCUACAGAAGCCAGCGAAUUCGAUUGGGCUGCCCAAUUAACUAAACUUGUGGGCAAGCAAUCAGACGGCAGUAUAUUCCAAGAGAAACUGAAAAAGAAGCUACUCAAAAAGUAUCUCAAACACCUGACCCUCUUGGAGCUAAGCGAGAAGCAAGCAAAGAAGUUCGAUAAGAAAUUCGACAAACAUUUGAAAAAAUGUGAAACACUAAAACUUGAAGGGGAUCUUGUUAAGCACUUGUAGUUUAAUUAACUUUUAUAUAUAUGUAUGUAGGAAAUAAAUCAUAUAUAAUUUAUAUAUAUAU